AUUUCACGGUUUAAGGUGUUGUGCGUGUAGUUUCCAAAAAAGGUGGACUUCUGUUAUAGUGGAUCAUCUUUAACCGUACAUUGGGGAUUUUUACAUUUUAGAUGUAAUUACAAGUACCUCGCUUGAGUUGGCAAUAUAAAAUGUAGAAUUCAAAUAGUGGAAACACAAAAACUUCAAUUAAUUUUGAAUUGCUGUUGUAUGAAAAGCCAAGUGUUUGUAAACUCCGAUUUAGAACGCGUAGCUACGUCGUCGUAGUCGUCUACUAGUUAGUGUCCCUGUUUGGUUGCCUGGGAAGCCCCUAGUACUGAGUGGAGCUGCCAACGCCCGACAGAAAGAUAAAUUGAAGAUAAGGCAUUGAAUGAAUUGUGAAGAAUGCAGACCAUCAAGUGUGUUGUUGUUGGAGAUGGUGCUGUGGGUAAAACUUGCCUGCUCAUCUCAUACACCACAAACAAAUUUCCCUCUGAAUAUGUACCUACAGUGUUUGAUAACUAUGCCGUAACUGUAAUGAUUGGCGGCGAGCCUUACACACUUGGCUUGUUUGAUACCGCAGGUCAGGAAGACUACGAUAGAUUAAGACCUCUGAGUUAUCCCCAGACCGAUGUCUUCCUUGUGUGUUUCUCCGUUGUGUCUCCCUCAUCAUUUGAAAAUGUAAAAGAAAAGUGGGUUCCAGAGAUUACUCACCAUUGUCCCAAGACCCCAUUUCUGCUGGUUGGCACUCAGAUUGAUUUAAGAGAUGACCCCUCAACUAUAGAGAAGCUGGCAAAGAACAAGCAAAAACCUAUCACUCCAGAGACAGCAGAGAAGCUUGCACGAGACCUCAAAGCUGUGAAAUAUGUGGAAUGCUCAGCCCUCACUCAGCGAGGGCUGAAGAAUGUGUUUGAUGAAGCUAUCCUAGCUGCCCUAGAACCACCUGAGUUGCAGAGACAGAGGAAAUGCUGCAUUUUUUAAACAAUGUGCAACUGCUACAACCGUUUCCACUGCUAAUUGUAACAGUUUUUACUUUAGGCGCUUUUUCAAAUCCUUUAUAGAAAAAUCUGGUUGAAAAAUCUCAACCAGUUCCCUAAUAUCAUUUACCACCCAAGUUAUAGAGUCUGUAUUGACAAUGCUUCACCGCCAUUUUUCAUUCUUUCUGUCCUACAGCGGUUUCUUAUACAGCACUUGAACUUUGCCAUUUGUUGAUGGUUUGUACGUUAAAAGUAGCAGUAGGACUAGUGAAACCCUGUGAGCCGCAUCUUGUCGGAUUUCUAUAGGUCACAACGCUUGGCUUCCUUUACCAGACCAUUGUCAUUUUUGCUUGGCACAUGAUGACCAAAGCAGCUGAAUAUGGCUAGGUUAAGGGAAGCAAACACAUAAGGAGAAUUAUGGAUACAACUUUUAAAUCAAAUUUCUUAUUAAUAUUAUUGAUUUCCUAUUGUAGCUGACAAUGUUAAAUUGGCGCUAAAGUCUUGGGCGUUGACAUGCCACGGCUGCAUACUUAAGAAUAAAUUUAUAUUUUUUUCUACUAUUUUUGACUUAACAUGUAAGGUUUUAGAAAUGCUAUCAUAAAGUGUUGCGCUAUCUUAACCACAGCAGUACAAUAUAUGUUAUACUCUUUAGAAAAAUAGAAAAAUAUUCUAUGCAGUGUUCUGCUUUAUCUUGUUUAUUUGUUCAAGGAAAAAAAUGGCACAUAUUUGUGCAACCUCUGUACUGUGUGGUUAUAAGUUUGUACUCGAGGACAUGAAUGUCUAGAAAAUAUGUAUUUUGCCCAAAAUUUUAACUUGAUGCGCCAUACAACUUACCUACAGAGUUUUUUUUCAAAGUAUUGACCUUUUUUUAAGAAAAAAAGGGCUCUUAAAAUCAUGAUUUAGUUUUCAUUUUAGACAUGCAUCUGAUGUAGGCUUAGAAUUAUGAAACUAUUUGGCAAUUACCCAUGUUCACCUUCCUGUGGUGACAGAAGAAUAGUUUAGACCAGGAGUGGGCAAACUAUUCCACAAAGGGCCGCAGUGAGUGUGGGUUUUUGUUGCAACCCAUCAAGAGGACCCCUUUUCACCAAUCUGGUGUUGUAAAAGUGCAAUCAGGUGAUUGCAGUCAGGUGCUUCUUCUUUCCCCGGACCUCUCAUUGGUUAAACUGCCUGUGAUGGAUUAGCUGUUACAAAGGCAAGGGCUGCGUUUCAAAAACUGUUUUAGUCCCUCCCUCACUUGCCCUCAGAACUUGCCCUCGGGGGAAUCCCCGCCGCCAUCGUAAGGGCUGUUCAAUUUCUCUAAACUGCUGAAGUGAACUUGAUGAGAUCGACCCUUGAGGGCUUGGUUAUCGAGUCAACAACACUGGUCACUUCAGAACUGUGUAUAUCCCACAAUGCAUUGCAGGCGUGCAAGAAAAAUAUGUCCAUGCGGUGGUGAUAAUCAGAGGCGUAGCAAGGGUCCCCGGGGGCCCCAGCCAACAAGCAACAUGGGGCCCUUCAAGCGUGUGCAAGUAAGGGGGACAGUUGGACUUGGAGCAAUAGCAUAUUUAAUAAAAGUAUAAUAACGCCUCGGUCUCAUAGAACAAUUUUUAGGACACUCAAACUGCCCGGCUUCUACUACAUUAGGACAUAAAACUACAGUAACAUAGUACACUCAACGCUGUUUUGCUUCCUUUUCGCCUCUUCUGCUUUUUUUUUUUUUUUCUUUUGUCGCUUCCAGAAGGAUAACUUCUCUUCAUUUUGGAUAUACGCCAAUUUAAAAAAAAGCCAAAUCGCCGCUCACUCUCACUCAUGAGUUACGUGAAGGGGGGGGCGUUGUAGAGCGAGUGAAGGGCCUCCUUCAGGGAACUCUAGACACAAGGCUUUCACUGGCUGCGUGUGCUAAAUCUGUUGGCCCUCUGGGGGCCCCUGCUGGCUGGGGGCCCUAGGCAAUUGCCUGGUUUGCCUUAUGGGACGCGACGCCUCUGGCGAUCAUGAAACUCAAACACCGUUGGCUGCUGUUUAUUUUCCACUAAAGAAGAAGAAAAACGCACGGUGUUUGAAUGCCAUACAAAAUUGCCUUUUGAAAUGUAAAAUUCAUCAUUGUUGUUAAUAAAAAAAAAAAAAUUAGAAUGUCCGUAGCAGUUAUGUCAAAACGUAUGGAAUCACAGCAGUGCCAAAGUUAAACAAACAAACAAAAAAAAAUGAAUGAAUAAAUAAAUUAACAAAUAAAUAAGUAAAUAUAGAGAUAAAUGGAUAAAUAAAUGAGAAUAUAAAAGUAUAUUUUGUCGUUGACCUUUACUUUUAGUCAUUAAAAAUCACAAAUGGAAAAAACACUGACAAUUUUUGUCAUUGACUUACUUUUUGUCAUCGAAAACCAAAAACGGACAAAUCAACUGAGAGGAAUGGUCUGACUCGGUCAUUCAAAUGGCGUUGGGAUGGACUGAAACUAAAAUAUCAUCAGAUAAACCUAAAGCAGGUUAAAUGUAUUUAAACAACAAAACUGUCCACAAAUUAUAAGAUAAAGAUAAAUAAAUAAAUAGUAAAUUGCCCAAAUAAAAUUUGAUACAAAACUAACUAACUAACUAACUCUGAUAAUUAGCAGCUACCAUUGAAUGUAUUGAAAUCAAGGGCAGAAUACGUCUAUCUAAAUGGCAUGAGUCUCCGUAUAUUUUGUGUGAUGUGGAAUAGGAAGUAUAGUGCUACUCCAACAACAUGUGGUUUAUCCAUGAUUGUCUGGCCUGUGAGUGAGCGAGGGCAAGUGUGUUCCAUUUACUUUUUUCACUUCCCCUCCGCCCACUUUUCCCCCACCCUCCAAGUGGCUUCCGUGUGACGUCAUAGCAAGGGCUGGGGGCAAGUGAGCGAGGGCGACUAAAAACUGUUUUUACAACGCAGCCCAGGACCCACUGCGGGCAUUGAGGACCGGUUUGACCACCCCUGGUUUAGACUGUCUCGAACCACCAAAACAGCUGCGCAGUUCCUUAAAUGCUGAACGGGAACUUGUCGCAAUCUGUCGUCACUUGACAGUAGUGUUGUGCUCAUGAGCUGUUUAGCAACAGUAGUCGUUUACAAAAUGGUCAAUAGUAUAAUGGAGAACCCAGAAAUCUGCAGCAAAACAUCCCACUGUUAGAUAGAGUUCCGAGAUAAGCUUCAUAAUUCGCAUUGAAAACUGGCAUUGACAAUAUUUCAUUGUACCAAGUAAAUUGUAAUAUGAAAUUUAAUGCAUUUGUGUGGUUUUACAUCUUUUAUUUUUUUUUAAUGUGAAACAUAAGGUGAUAUCAUGAUAUUCUUAAAAACAGCAAAUACAGACCAUAGAAUGAUAGAAUAUCUUAUUAAACAACUUCCAAUAUAGAAUGAUAGUUAUGCCCCAGACAAAGGACAGCCCAAAGAAAACGAUGGUGCAAAACAACGGCAUUUUGUCCAUGGUGAAUAUACGUAAACGUUCAAUCAGAACCAGUAUUAGAAACUUCUGCAAACCGUUUUCUUGCUUAAUGUUGUGACGUACAGAAAAUAUUAUAGAAACACUUGUGUGGAAGACGAAUACUUAUAAUAAAGCACAAAUGAGCUUCUCUUUGUCUGUUCUUUUCUUUUUGUACUGUGCACAGGAAAAUUUCAACAAACUCGUCAUCUUUUUUCAUGGUGAAAAUGCCCAAAAUUGAGCAAAAUAUAACUCAUGCGCUGUUUUCCCCUCCACUUUUCUGUGUUCAACAUGGAUUUGGCUUCUCUGUGCUGUUGACGUGACAAACUAGAUUACAUGGGUCACCAAACCUUGUGAAAUUAAGAACUACUUUAAAAAUCCAGUUAAUGCCAAGGUUUACCAGUUUGAUACACACUUGAAAUAACAUUUAAUAUUACCUUUCAUAAUGGUCUUGUUAUUUAUUUCUUACAAUAGUUUGUGAUAAAAAAUAACUAGUAAAUAUCAUUUCAUGAAUCUCUGCCAGUGUUUUACAUUUUCAAGCGAUCACAUUGUAGAGAAUUAAAAUUUCUCAUCACUGAUGUGGUAUUUUUCUUUUUGUAGAGAGGUACCUGAUAUCCAAAUGCACUACGUUGGCGACCCUGCACUAGAAAGUCAUGUCUACAGCACAUUAGACAAAAAGCACAUUUUGCUGAAUCAACAAAUUUGAGUUGAUCUAACUUCACUUUAUUAGUUUUGUCACAUUAGUUAUUCUUAAUGCUGUUUUUGUUCAAUCUUCAUUUAUUUUUCCCCCUUGAUGUUGAAUUAAUGCUAAAAUGUUUCCACACUUACCUUUGUUUGGCCUCUGCAUGUUUUCACUCCCUCCUUAUUUAGCCUUUGCAUUU